AUGGCCGAGAAGGACAUAAGUAAUCUACGAAUGGCGGCGACUAGAUCAGCUACUUACGGCAUCAUACUGCAGACUGUCAAUAGGAUGGAAGUCGAUAGCAAGGUGAUUGUGCGUACUGGGACGUUCAUCCUUAAUUCCGUACUUCUUCGCUAUAUUACAAAAGAAGUCCUUGGUAUAGUAAACGUCAGAUUGACAUUACUACACACUACUUUGCUGUUUAUAUCUCGUGAAGCUUUUCGAAAGUCUUGUUUAAGUAAGAAUGAUCAGAUCCAUUGGAAGCAGAUUCGUAAUUGGACAUGGUGCACAUUUGGCCUUGGCAUCAUUAUUAGUGCUAUAUUGGUAUACGUUUGGAUUAACGUGUUAGAGUCACCUUCUGGAACUAUAGGAAAUAAUUACCCUCUUGCUGUAUUGAUGUUUACUGUAUGCGGUCUCAUUGAAUUGCUUGUUGAGCCAAUUUGGAUUCUAUCUCAAAUUCACAUGUACAUUAAACUAAAGAUAUGUUACAGCAUCGUUUAUGUUUCAAUAUAUUAUGGCUAUUUCUUUGUACUGGUUACCGUAAGAAAAAAUACUCAGGAAGCUAAAGACUUUCCAAUUAAGAAUAUUUCCGAUUUCUUUCCGUCAUCAAAUGAUAAUAUGGUACUCUAG